ACGUCCUCUAGCUACGCAUUACUCGAUAUUAUUUCAUUUACUCAACUCUACUGUGUUACGUUCUUUGUUAAGAAAAAUACUGUUCUAUAUUAAUAGUUGGUUUAAUUAAUUUAUUUUUAUAGGAAUCUAGCCACUAGAUAAAUAUAUAACAUAUAAGGGUGCUUCAAAAAGAGCGUUUCAUUUUUUUUUUUUGUAGGAAGUUUUCUUCAAUAGUGUAAAAAGUUUGUUCUACGUAUAAAAAACAUUCUCGCGAAACAUCAGCUCAAAAUCUCAAUCCUGCUGAAAGCUCAACAAAUAUUCAUUUUUCCAUUGUAACCUGUCAAAAAUUUUUUGUUGUUGUUUUUGAAAUAUAAAAGUAUUGAAAAAAGUUUUUUCUAAAAUCAAAGUAUAUAAAUCUCGCAAAAAAAGUUGAUUCUCUAAGAAAUCUUGAGUGUUUUCUUCGCAAAUCCAACAGCAAAAAUUUAUGGAGCUUUAAACAAUCCAGAUUGAAGACAGUCAUUCGUAAACGAGAAAAUGAAGCCAGAAUUAACGAUAUUGUAUUACAUAAUAUUGAUCAGUUUUAUCAUAUAUACAGUAAAGUCAGAUGAUAAAUAUGAUGUAAAUAGACCUAUCGUAAGAGUGCAACAAGGUAAACUAUUAGGAGUUAAAGAAAAAAAUAUCAAUGGAAGGACUUAUUUUUACGCUUUUCGUGGAAUUCCGUAUGCUAGACCGCCCGUUAAGGAAUUGAGAUUCAAGGAACCGGAACCAGCCGAAGUUUGGUCUGGUGUAAGAGAUGCUAAGAAUUUCGGUAAUGUCUGUGCACAAACGAACUCUUCCACGCACGAAAUAGUAGGAAGUGAUGAUUGUCUAUAUUUGAAUGUCUAUACAAAUGAUUUGAAUCCUUGUGAAUUACGAGCUGUUAUGUUCUGGAUACACGGUGGUGGUUUUUCUUAUGGUUCCGGGAAUGAUGACCGGUCAGGACCUGAUUAUCUUGUGCAGAAAAAUAUUGUUCUAGUAACGAUAAAUUAUCGUCUCAAUAUAUUUGGUUUUCUUAAUUUGGACGAUGAAGAGGCGGCUGGUAACCAGGGAUUAAAAGAUCAAGUAAUGGCUUUAAAAUGGGUGCGGCAAAAUAUUGAUAAAUUUGGUGGUGAUCCUAAUCGUGUUACAAUUUUUGGUGAAAGUGCUGGAGCUUCUUCGGUACAUUAUUUGACUCUAUCUCCUCUAGCUCAAGGAUUAUUUGAUAAAGCCAUUCUACAAAGUGGGGUGGCGACGAAUCCAUGGGCAAGGCAAUCACAUUCCAUGAAAGUACCAGCUGAACAAGUUGCAAAGAAUUUAGGCGAAACAACCACUGUUUCAAAAAAACUUAUUGAGUUUUUUAGAAGCGUCGACCCUCACAGUGUAAUCCAGGCAAUACAGUCACUAAGCAAUGGUCAGAAUAGCUUCUCUUAUACAAAUGAGUUUGUACCAUCAGUUGAUUUAAAAUCAGAAAAUCCCUUCUUGAAUAUUUCGAUCAUAGAAGCCGCUAAGUCUGGAAUCAAGGUACCCCAUAUUAUUGGUUACAAUGGAAACGAGGCUAUUAUUAUUCUUGCAGGAUUGAAAGAUGAAGACUAUGCCGAUAUAGAAGCUAACGAAGACACACUACUACUAGAAGCAAAUGAAAUACAAUUUUUACAGGAGCGAAAUAUAUCAGUGGCUGAUAUUAAGGAAUUUUUCAUGGGAGAUAACGAAAUUAGUCGGGAAAAUGCUCAACAAUUUGUAGAAUUAGUAAGUGCUACAUCUUUUACGUUUAAUAUCUAUGAUAUAAUAGAUAUUCAAUCUUCAAUACCCGAUAUACCGACAUACUUCUAUAAGUUCGAUCACUACUCCAAAGAAACUGCAGUAGUGCAAAAGUUAUUCAACACAGAUUUAGAAGGUACGUCACUCACUGAAGAUUUAUAUUAUUUUUUUAAUGCAAAAAUUUUGGACAACCGCGGCAUCAAACGACCGGCAUGUUAUCCAAUCGAGCGCAUCAUUCAAAGGAGAUUCUUAGAAUUAUGGACUAAUUUUGCUAAGACUGGAAAUCCAAAUUGUGGAGCAUCAGAAUUGAUCCCUAUUGAAUGGCUGCCUGUUGAUAGUUCUGAUAAUUACAACUGUUUGGAAAUAUCUGAAAACCUUCGUCUCAUUAAACAACCAAACAUCUUGCAUCAGAUAGAAAAGUUUGCACAAAAUAACAAUUAACUUAUGUUAUAAGAAUAUAUGAAAUACUUUAUCGCUUAAUAAAGAC